GGAGCGGCCGUGCCGGGCGGCUCCUCCUCCCGGGCGGCAUUAGCUCAUCGCGGCGCGGCGGCCGCGGCUCCUCGCGGCCCUUUCUUCUCGCUGCCCGCCGCCCCCAUGGCCCUGUGCAACGGGGACACCAAGCCCGAGAACGCCGGGGCAGAGCUCAAGGAUGGACAGCACCACUACGAGGGCGCCGUGGUGAUCCUGGACGCGGGCGCGCAGUACGGCAAGGUCAUCGACCGGCGCGUGCGAGAGCUCUUCGUGCAGUCUGAGAUCUUCCCGCUGGAGACGCCGGCCUUCGCCAUCCGGGAGCAGGGGUUCCGAGCUAUCAUCAUAUCUGGAGGACCAAACUCUGUGUAUGCAGAAGAUGCACCAUGGUUCGACCCAGCCAUAUUCACAAUAGGAAAACCAGUGCUUGGGAUCUGCUAUGGGAUGCAGAUGAUGAACAAGGUGUUUGGAGGGACGGUGCACAAGAAGAGCGUUCGGGAGGAUGGAGUGUUCAGCAUUACCCUGGACAACACCUGCUCACUCUUCAGGGGCCUUCAGAAGGAAGAGCUUGUGCUCCUCACUCACGGAGAUAGUGUGGAUAAAGUAGCCGAUGGAUUCAAAGUGGUGGCACAGUCUGGGAACAUCAUAGCAGGCAUAGCAAAUGAGUCUAAAAAACUCUAUGGAGCACAGUUCCACCCUGAGGUGAGCCUCACCGUGAACGGCAAAAUGAUCCUGAAGAAUUUUCUGUACGAUAUUGCGGGAUGCAGCGGCACCUUCACCGUGGAGAACAGAGAACUCCAGUGCAUCCAGGAUAUCAAAGAGAGGGUGGGCUCCUCAAAGGUCCUGGUGCUGCUCAGUGGGGGCGUGGACUCCACGGUGUGCACGGCGCUGCUGAACCGGGCCCUGAACCGCGACCAGGUCAUCGCUGUGCACAUCGACAACGGCUUCAUGCGCAAGAGGGAGAGCCAGGCCGUGGAGGAGGCCCUCAAAAAGCUGGGCAUCCAGGUGAAAGUGGUGAAUGCAGCCCAUUCAUUCUAUAAUGGCACAACAACUCUGCCCAUCUCAGAUGAGGACAGAACUCCACGUAAAAGAAUUAGCAAGACCUUAAAUAUGACUACAAGUCCUGAAGAAAAGAGAAAAAUUAUCGGUGACACCUUUGUCAAGAUUGCCAACGAGGUCAUCGGAGAGAUGAACCUGAAACCUGAGGAGGUCUUUCUUGCUCAGGGAACCCUCAGGCCUGACCUCAUCGAAAGCGCUUCCCUGGUGGCCAGUGGCAAAGCUGAGGUGAUCAAAACCCACCACAACGACACCGAGCUGAUCCGCAAGCUGCGCGAGGAGGGUAAAGUAAUAGAACCACUGAAAGACUUUCACAAAGAUGAAGUGCGAGUGCUGGGAAGAGAACUUGGUCUUCCUGAAGAGCUGGUUUGCAGGCAUCCCUUCCCAGGGCCUGGCCUAGCAAUCAGAGUGAUCUGUGCUGAAGAACCUUAUGUGUGCAAAGACUUCCCAGAAACAAACAACAUCUUGAAAAUAGUUGCAGAUUUUUCUGCAAGUGUGAAGAAGCCUCAUACGUUGCUGCAGAGGGUGAAGGCAUGCACGAGUGAGGAGGACCAGGAGAAGCUGAUGCAGAUCACAAGCCUACAUUCACUGAAUGCCUUCUUGCUACCAAUCAAAACUGUGGGAGUGCAGGGUGACUGUCGCUCAUACAGCUACGUCUGUGGCAUCUCCAGUAAAGAUGCUCCACACUGGGAGUCCCUGAUGUUUCUUGCCAGGCUCAUACCACGCAUGUGCCACAACAUCAACAGAGUCGUGUACGUGUUUGGCCCCCCUGUCAAGGAGCCCCCCACGGAUGUCACCCCCACCUUCCUGACCACAGGAGUCCUCAGCACUUUACGUCAAGCUGACUUUGAGGCUCACAACAUUCUCAGGGAGUCUGGCUAUGCUGGGAAGAUCAGCCAGAUGCCAAUCAUCCUGACCCCGCUGCAUUUCGACCGGGACCCCCUCCAGAAGCAGCCCUCGUGCCAGAGGUCUGUGGUCAUCAGGCCCUUCAUCACCAGCGACUUCAUGACGGGCAUCGCAGCCACGCCGGGCAGCGAGGUGCCCGAGGAGGUUGUCUUGAAAAUGGUGGCAGAGAUCAAGAAGAUCCCUGGCAUCUCUCGGGUGAUGUAUGACUUGACAUCAAAGCCACCAGGAACUACGGAGUGGGAGUAAUUAACUGUUCCCUAUCCAAGUACUGUGUGCAGUCUAAAUCAUAUCAGAAACCAUUCCCAGUGUUGACAUGCAGUACUGUGAAAGAGUGACUGGAGCUGCUACAUCGCAUCAGAUUCCUCUCCUGGAGCAUAAUCCUGCAGUUCAGAGCUGUGCUGGGGAUGAGAGCAGCGUGGGGCUGAGGAUUGUACGGGUAAAUGAUGGUGGCAGCGCUGCCGGGACAGGCCCCUCUGCUUUGCCUUUGUCGUUCCAGUCCCCGUGUUCUCCUGUGUUCUGUUACUGUCAUUUCAGUGUCUCUUUGUUUUUGUACACUGUGUAAAAAGAGACAGUUUAUUUACUUCUACCAAAAGCAUUGUUACAGCCCAAACAUGUAAAAGGAGUUAAUUCUUUGUGACCAACCGCUUUGGGACGGAUUUAUUAUAAAUAAAUAUUUUGCCAAAUGGAGUAGUGGGUACUGUUGAGUCGUGGAGUGGCUGUGUAUGCUGUGUCCUGUGUUCUGUGCUCCUGGACCCGGCCCAAGGCACCAGGGCUGGGCAGUGCUGACCUCUGUGGCACCGCCGUGUCCGUGUGUCUGUCCCUGCUCGCCCGGGCCCAGGAGAGCUCCCGGCUCCUUCCCGUGGCUCACCCGGGCACUGCCGUGGCUCUGAGGGCUCUGGGGAUGGCAGGAGGGCAAACCUGGCAGUGCAGCUGGGCAAGCUGUGGCAGCCGAGCUCCUGCACCUGUGGCUCCUGUGUGUUCCCAGCGCUGCCCCUGUGCUUCCCUUGUACUUGAUGACAGUUUAUUUUCUACACAUUUGCUCUGACAGGGUUUUUUUGGGGUGUGUGUUGUGCUUAGCUCGAUCUGUAAGAUCACUCUAGUUGUUAGUGUGGAGCCCUGGUCGGGGUGAGCUCCCCCAUCCCUGUAGAUCUCCUGUCGCUCGUGUUCUGCUGUUCGUAGUGAAGCAAUAAUUUGAGAUGGUUACUGGACAGGAGCUUUCUGAUGUUUUGAGGCAAAGCCAUUUCCAUCCACCUGUCCUGUGGCAGGAACAGUUGGAUUCUGACCUGAGCAGGUUGCUGGGUGCCUGCUGGUACCCCCACUGGGGGACCUGCAAGGUGCAUUCAUCCCUCUUAUCCUGAUUUUUUCGUUUAAGCAGUUGUGUUUUGUUCAGCUGCAAGAUCACUGUAGUAUUACGGGGUAAAAUACUUGGUUUAAACUGUUCAGUAACAUGGAGUAUUUCAUGGCUGUAGCUCCUUCUCCCUGCCCUUGCCUGGAUUUGUGAACUGGAAUAAUAUUGAACCUGUUUGUUCCAUAUUUUUGGUCGCACGCAUUUUCCUGCUCUUGCAUUCCCUGCCUACACACUAUGGAAAUUGGGUUUGGAAAUCUCUGCUCCUAGGAAAUGGCCAACUGGUGUAAAUGGAUUGUUUUUGCCUGUGUCACUGAGGGGUGUUUUGCACGGGGGGGAGGAGGUGGUGGUGUGUCCCAGCUCCGAGGGCUGCUGGGGACAGGGGCUGCAGGAGGGCAGCAAUUGGGGUGGGCAGCUCUGCCUCCCCUCCAGCCCUGCUGCAGGAGGGCUUUGCAGCUUGGGCAAGUGCAGCUUAAUUGACGUGGGCAAAUUGAGCUGAAUUGAUAACUCAGUCACCUCCUUUUUAGAAGGGGGUGGUGAUUUGUACCUACACCUGUCAUAAGCUCUCUGAGCUUCAGUGGUGCCAGUGAUUAUUGAUUCCUUUGCUGCAGGAAGGGGGUCUGUGGUUGGUUAAACCCUGUAAAUGGGUGUUUGCUGGGGCAGGACCUGUCCCAGCCGGUAAAAGCUGAUCUCAAAGAGAGCUCCCCAGUGAAGUUCCAGUGCAUUUAAGUUUGGCAGGAAAGGCUGAGGGCAGCUGUUGUCAUUUCUGGGUGGUAUCUUGCUCAGAAGGGUGCAGAGACAAGAGCUGAAUCUCUGGUGAGAUGCAGAACCCCCUCAGUUCUCACAGCAACAGGCUCGUCCUCGUGGCUGCCACGGCUGUGUUGCCUUGACAGCAAACAAGCAGAGCUGAAGGAAUCACUAAAAAUAAUGCAAAUAAUACAGAGAACUCUGAAACCCAGCCCCUGCUGGAUUGUGCCCAGGCUGUUGCUGUGUAGCUGGAGCUGCAGUUUGUGUCCUGUGGUUGUGAUGUAGCUGGGGUAAAGUGUGCCCACAGUGAGGGCUGGGGCUGCAGGGGCGGUGGUGCUUCUGGGACACACCCUGCAGCUCUCCUGGGCAGGAACCUUUUAUUCCCUGCAUGCUGCACCCUUGGAAAAGUCCUCCUUGGAGCUGUGUCCUAGCUCUGGGCAGGAUGUCUGCUGUGCACUGUGACCAUCCUUUAACGCCUGAGCUGCGUCCCCUCUGCAUUCCUGGAGCUGGGCAGCAAUUCCGUGCUCUUCUUUAGGUCAGAAAGUUGGAUAUUGAACAUUUUAGGCAUAAACUAUUGCACUAUAAAUCAAAAUGUCUUACUGAAAUGGAGUCUGUGCCCCUCAGCCCCUGCCCUGUGUGCCAGCUGUGCGUCGUGGCCGUGCUGGGUUGUUCUGGGAAGGUUGGUGUGCUCAUCCCAGCAGUUCUGGGUGUUUCUGUGGAAUCCCUGUGUCCUGGACAGCCAGAGUGGAGAGAAACAUCAUACUCUGUUCACAUUUCUUAAAAAACAGUUAUAUUUAGCACCUAGUUUACAAACUAAUACCUGUAGCUGCCCUGUACAAUUGUUCACCUCGAGUCUUCAGUAAAACAUGUCAGCAAUUAGAGGAAUUUGUAUCGGGGGCACUCCCCAUCAGUCUCAAUUUUUAACAUUUUUCUGCUUGUGAAAUGAUAAAGUACUGUGAGCCUUAAUUUUUAUCCACAAAUAAAAAUAUUAUGUUUGAA